AGCGAGCGGCAUUUCGCGUUCGUGUCGCUCUUCGCUUCUCCUGCGCUGCGCGCUUAUAAAGUCGCGCCCGGCGCGAGUCCGCGGGUUCGAACCGCCGAGAAGACGUCGUCGUCGAGCGCUCGGUGGCGAACGAGAGGGAGUGGUGACGAGCAGACGUGCGCACGCCGUCGGGUCGGGCGGGUGGGCUCUGCGAAAAACAGAAACAAAAGAAACAGAAAGAGAAAAGCCGUUUAACCUUUUCGUCAAUUGCGGCGCUUCGGGGAGCACGCUAGCCAGACGCGAUGGCGGAGAAGUCGCGCUUCCAAGUUGCCAAGGUGGACUACGUGAACGAGGCGAUGGCGCCGGACGAAGACGUGCCCAGGACGCCCACGGCCGUGGCCGCCGCAUCCAUGGGGGGUCCCCAGUGCGUGGUGACCAGCGCGUCGGCGUCGCCCACCGAGCUGGCUAACUACGGCACCGUGUACGACACCGUGAACGUGAAGAGUCUGCUCCACUACACUCAGGAGGCGCUUCCGCGCGUCGACCACUACCGGAACGUGAUGUCGGUGCACGGACACAUCAGUCGGCCCACGCUCGACGAGCUGCACUGCAGCGGACGCGGAUCCAUCCCGGGACUCACGCAGUGAUGCGCCUGUCGGCUGC